UCCCCAAGGUGGAGUUGACUUUGGCCUUUGAGAGAGUUGGGUGGGGUGGUUAUUAUUAGUUGUCUCUUGUUAUUCAACCAUAAUACUAAUCAUUCAAUUCAGAUCAUCAGAAAUUAGAGAUAGUUAGUUCAUCAUCAUCAUCAGAAAAUGAAUCAGAACAUAACGUCGUUGUUGAUCGGAUUAGUUGGGGCUGCCUUCACUUUAGGAGCCUAUUCACAACCAUGGAUGACUCCAACACAAAGCAUAACUAUGGGUCUUGUUACUCUCAUGUUUGGUCUCCUCGUUCGCGAAGGUUUCAUUUCCCUUUAGACUCUUUCAUCUAUCUUUAAUUUUUAUGUAUUAAUACCUUAAUUACUGAGACUCUUUAAGGUCUUUUUUUUUUUUUCUAAUUCUGAGCGAGCUUGUAUUUCUUUGUUGUUUUUGUAAUAGAAUACCAUCUUUGGUUGAUCGAUUACUGAGUUUGUUAUUUACCUUUGUUGCCGAUUGUGAUAGAUAGUUGCUUGUGUUAUGGAGAUCAAUUUUAUACAUGUUAUUUUUCUUUA